AUGACAAACAAGGAGGGACAAAAGAAAAAUGAGAAACCAGCAACAACCCAACAAACAACAAACAAACUGGAAAAAAAAGCUAUGAAAAUAAUCGGUAAAAAAGUUUCAAAUGAUUGCAAACUGAAGGCAGAUAAAAUUUUAAUGAAAAAAUUUGUGUUCUGUUUAAGCAACGUCAGCAAGUGCCACAGAAAUGAUGUGAUGGCCUACCUAACCGACAAUGGUAUCCAUGUUGUUUCCUGUUACUCCGUACUCAAACAAUUCAAUAAAAUGGCACCAGCUUCUACAGCCGACGUCAAUAACAAUAAUAAUAGUCAAACUGAAAAUAAAAAAACAGAUGAAGAAGAAUACAGUACGUUUAGACUUUGCAUCGAUAGAUCUGAUUCUAAGAAAAUGAAAGACCCUGACAUAAUGCCCCAGCACAUUAUAGUAAGCGGGUGGCAAUUCAAUAAGAAACCAGAAACAAUUGUCGAUCAAAAAAAGAUGGAUAAACAACAUGUUGAUAAUGAUGAUGACAGCAGUGAUGAUGAAGAAAAAGACAAUUUAAACCCCAAGCAAACUACAUGUAAAAGGUAUGACAAUUUUAAGUCGUUGAAUGAUGAAUAUAAAUUAAUAAAUAAAGAUUUUGAUAGCAGUAUGUUUUUCAACGUAAUGCAUUUGAACAUAAGAAGUUUGGUCAACAAAACCGAUGAAUUAGAAAGCUAUUUGUCAAACAGUCACAUCAAAUUCAAUGUAGUUGCGAUAACAGAAAGCUGGUUAAACGAACGUACUGAAAGUUUGGUUGGCAUGGAUGAAUAUAGAUAUGUAGGCAAAAAUCGUCAUGACAAACACGGUGGAGGGUUAUCGACCUCCAAUAUACGAAAUUAA